GAUUUCAAUCAACAGGAAGUUUUUUGAGAAUAUACUGAUUUGGAUGAAGUUUGAGAGAUUGUAUGUAAGAUUAUAUACUAAAGAAGAGGAUGAAAUAACUAUACACAUAAUAUGUAUAAGACCUAAUGCAAAUAAAGUUGACAAUCUGGAUGAUUAGGAAUAAUGCCCCAAAUUUGGCCCCAGAAGGAAGAAAUAUGGUCAUCAAUUGUCUGGAAAUCAGGACAGGAAGAGCGGGGUCUGAGAAGAUUGUGAAGACUGCUGAGAGAGACUUGGAAUCCAGUCACAUAAGCAUAAUAAAGAAAUAUUGGUCCUCAUGGAAGAAGAGCAAGAUUUACCAGAGCAACCAGUAAAAAAAGCCAAAAUGCAGGAAUCGGGAGAGCAAACUUUAAGUCAAGUAAGCAACCCAGAAGUCAAUGACCAGAAACCUGAAACUUCAAGCCUUACUUCAAACCUUACCGUGUCAGAGGAAAUUAUGACAUGCACCGAUUACAUCCCUCGCUCAUCCAAUGAUUAUACCUCACAAAUGUAUUCUGCAAAACCUUAUGCACAUAUCCUCUCAGUUCCUGUUUCGGAAACUGCUUACCCUGGGCAGACUCAAUACCAGACGCUACAGCAGUCUCAACCUUAUGCUGUCUACCCUCAGGCAACCCAAACAUAUGGACUACCUCCUUUUGGUGCAUUGUGGCCAGGUAUGAAACCUGAAAGUGGUUUAAUUCAGACUCCAUCUCCAAGUCAACACAAUGCUCUUACCUGCACUACAGGGUUAACCACAAGCCAGCCAAGCCCAGCACAUUAUUCUUAUCCCAUUCAAGCUUCAAGCACAAAUGCCAGCCUGAUAUCCACUUCAUCUACAAUUGCCAAUAUUCCAGCAGCAGCAGUUGCUAGCAUCUCAAACCAGGACUAUCCCACCUAUACUAUCCUUGGUCAGAGUCAGUACCAGCCAUGCUACCCCACCUCCAGCUUUGGAGUCACAGGCCAGACUAACAGUGAUGCUGAGAGUACCACAUUAGCAGCCACCACAUACCAGACAGAGAAAUCUACUGUUAUGGUACCUGCGUCUGCAGCACAGAGAAUUUCUGGAGACCCUUCUACAAGCCCAUCUUUGUCCCAAACUACUCCAAGUAAAGAUGCUGAUGAUCAGUCUAGGAAAAAUAUGACUGGCAAGAACCGAGGCAAGAGGAAAGCUGAUACCUCCUCUUCCCAGGACAGUGAAUUGGAACGGGUAUUUCUGUGGGACUUGGAUGAAACGAUCAUCAUCUUCCACUCUCUUCUUACGGGAUCCUAUGCCCAGAAGUACGGAAAGGACCCAACAGUGGUGAUUGGCUCAGGUUUAACAAUGGAAGAAAUGAUUUUUGAAGUGGCUGAUACACAUCUAUUUUUCAAUGACUUAGAGGAGUGUGAUCAAGUGCAUGUGGAAGAUGUGGCUUCAGAUGACAAUGGCCAAGACUUGAGCAACUAUAGUUUCUCAACAGACGGUUUCAGUGGCUCAGGAGGCAGUGGCAGCCACGGUUCCUCAGUGGGUGUCCAGGGAGGCGUGGACUGGAUGAGGAAAUUGGCUUUCCGCUACCGAAAAGUGAGAGAAAUCUAUGAUAAGCAUAAAAGCAAUGUGGGUGGUCUCCUCAGUCCCCAGAGAAAGGAAGCACUGCAGAGACUAAGAGCAGAAAUUGAAGUUUUAACAGAUUCCUGGUUAGGAACUGCAUUAAAGUCCUUACUUCUCAUCCAGUCCAGAAAGAAUUGUGUGAAUGUUCUCAUUACUACCACUCAGCUGGUUCCAGCCCUGGCCAAGGUUCUCCUAUAUGGACUAGGGGAAAUAUUUCCUAUUGAAAACAUCUAUAGUGCUACCAAAAUUGGUAAAGAGAGCUGCUUUGAAAGAAUUGUGUCGAGGUUUGGAAAGAAAGUCACAUAUGUAGUGAUUGGAGAUGGACGAGAUGAAGAAAUUGCAGCCAAACAGCACAACAUGCCUUUCUGGAGGAUCACAAACCACGGAGACCUAGUGUCUCUCCACCAAGCUUUGCAGCUUGAUUUUCUCUAAGAACUUGAAUGAAGAACCCAUGAGCUCCUUUUCACUCCUGAAGGGAGCUAGAGACCAGAACCAACUGGGAACUCGCUCUCACUCUCAUGGAAUGCUGGUGAGAACACAGUCAGAACUAACAACUGCAAGAAACAAAGCUUGUUUUGCUAAGAAUGAGCUGCAGCCCCCUGUCCAUCCUCAUUCAGAAGAAGGAGGAGACAGUUGGAUAGAGAGAACAAUAGACUCGCUGCAGCUCCAGUGCUUUAAUUCUUCUGGGUUUUAUUCUGUUUUGUUUUGUUUCAAAAAAUGAAGAAAAAGAAAAGGAAAUUCUUGGGGCAGAGUUGCACUCUUAUCCAUGACAAGAUUAAGAACUGCUAUCAACUUGUGAUAGGAUAAUUGCAGCAGAUUUUUGUAAGAACAUCUCUUGCAGUCUUUAUAAUCUUUCUAGCUGUAGAACUUAAUCCCAGUGAAUGUAUAUGUUAUUUUUAUAGGUAAGGGUCUGGUCUCUGAAGCAGAUUUCCCCCUUCUCUUUUUCUAGCAAGAAAGGGUGUGUCGAGUUUCCUUCAAAAAUAGUAAUUGAAAUAUCUAAAAUACCUCUCUGUGACAGUAGCACCUCUUUAGCCGCUCCAGUUUUCUGCUUUCUAGGAUGGUUCCCUUCUCAUUCUUCCAUCUCCUAGUUUGCUGAACUUCGGGGCACUGGACACUGAUUAACUUUAGACUUUGGCAUUUCCCAUCCUAGAAACCUUGGUCCCUUUUCUAGUCUCUCUUCCCCUUUAACCAAAUGGCACAAACCCUAGAAACUCCUUUUCUUAGACAAAUUCUAAGCCUUCAACUUGGCUCUUUUAUUCAGACUGUCCCAGGAGCUUAGCCUCUAAACUAGACAGAAGGAGCUAAGGCUCGUUAUGCAUUUCAACAUUUGAAGAAAAUCCCCUUUGGCUUUUGAGACAGGAAGAGUCCACAUUUUCCUCCUGCAGAGAAGCACUCUUCCCCAAUAGAUACUCACCCCUACAGCCUUCUGUUUCUUCUUAGUCAUCAAAUGCUAGACUCUUGCCUCUUUCCUGCCCUCUACACCGCAUAUCCACCUCUAUGCAGCUCUGGCCAGUCUCUGGGCAUUGGACCCAAGAAGUCAAAUCAAGUCCAAGACCAAGCUCACAACUAUAUUUUGGGCAAAAUUACCAAUGUAUUUGACUUCCUUUGAAGCCCUUAAGCCCUGUGAAGUAUAUCCUGGGCAUAUAUUUACCGAGCUCUCAUCUUGAAACUGAAGAGCAGAUUGUGAUCAAAUCAUUUUCCCAUAGAUAGCCUUCCAGCAUCUCAAAUCCCAUUCUAAAAUGGGAAACCAGAAGGCCAGAAAGACUUUCCUGAUUUUAAAUGAGGGUACUGGGCCCCCCCUACACUAUGCCUAACCACUUAAUUCUGGGCCAAAUGUGGAAGCAGCUCUCAGCCUGACCUCCGGGAAGGAUGGCAGACACCCAGGCACUAGUCCCAGCCUCCCAGCUCUGCUGUGUUCUUGGAUGCUCCAUCCCUCCAAGACCAACAUGGAUAUUUGCUCAGGCGGAUAAACUUCCCUAAAGCUGAGGUGAUGUAUUCUGGGUCCUCAAUGGGAGACAUCCAUGACCAACCCCAAGCUAUACUUACCUGUCCUUAAAAAUUCUGCUUAUCCACUUCUAGAGAUGUUAUAGAACAAAGAGGUCAGACUCCUUCCAUUGCCAAGUCACUCAGAUAGCAGCAAAGAAAGGCUGGUGUACACAUUCCUUCAGAACUUGUUGAGAAAGUGCUUCAUGACUCAGUUUUAGGGAGAGGAGCUGAAGUCCAUGCCUUAUUACUUAACUGCCUCUUUCUCCUUGUUUCCAUGUGGGAUUGGGGAGGAGAUGGUGUCUGAGGCAGACCUUCCAUUGGUUUAUAUUCAGCCUAGUUGCCCAGAUAUUGAUCUGUUUGACUUGAUGGUUGAUCUUAGAAAAUUCUAACUUGGGUCUUCCAGGCCCCAAACCCUCCUACUACUGGCAGUAUAGCUACUGGUUUCUUGCCCUGGACAUGCCACCCUGUUGGUGCUGUGCUCCAGGCUUGUGAGGCUGUGGAGCAGCACACCCAUCAUGCACACAGCUUCGCACACAGCUUCACACACACUCUUCCCUCUCCCAGCCUAGAUGAUUACAAAAGGGACAUGAACUUGGCCAAGAGAGAUGAGGCGGCUUUCUGAGCAGAGCAGCAUCUGCUCUUUUCUGAUUGUUGCCAUGCUCAUUGAGAGGACAGACAGCAGACAGGAGCUUCCUGGCUCUUCUUUACCAAAAUGAGUGCUCUUCUUACCAUAUCUUCUCUCACCCCCAGCCCCUACCUCCACCCCAGCACAAAGAUGUAGAGAGGAAGAUAAGUAGGUGGUGUCACUGGAAGCUGAGGGUCAAAGGAUACUGUGGGUCCUUUCAUCAAGGGGGAAGCCCUUUGUACUAGAAACAUGACCCAUAAAGUUAGCCAAGUGAUGAGUCCUUCUUCCAGCUGGGCACUGUGGUUUCUAUAAGAUGGGGUCUGCACGUUUCAUCAUGAGGACUGUCUCUAAUAGGGGAUCUUCUGUUGCCAGGUGUGUCCUGAGUUUAAGAGGUGGCUUGACUUGCGAAUGUAAAACUGACUGUGCCUUAGCAUCACCCUGUCCAGUGUCCCUGGGGCAGCUGGUGGUGCCCAGGAGAAUGGGCACCUGCUCCAGAUUUAGAUGCCUAUUUGGGCUUUUGUUUGGUUCAAGGUGUUCCUGUCUUCUGCUCUGCAAGUUAGGGGGCAAAGCUAGCGUCCCAGAAGACUUGUGCCACAGCUUGUUUGCAGUUUACACAAACUCAGCUUUAAAGCUCCAGGUGGAAUCUGAUUGGCAAACUCCAGCUGCAGCAUAUGGAGCUUUAGAUGUUCACUACCUUGAAUGGGUGUCAGUGCCACUGAACCAAGAGAGGAGUAAGGGGCAAAGCCACAUUCUCCCUUUCUGGGAGAGCGGUGGGCUAGGCCAAGGGGCAGUGAGCUUAGGGACUUCCUCUUCUUCUCACUCCUCACUCCUCCAGAAGGGGCCAGUUAGGGCCCCUCUUAAGCAGGCUUCUAUUUCUUACCGUUAAAGUGGUUUCCUUUUUCAUCCAAAAGUUGGAACUCCCCAGAUAGUUACACUGUAGAAGCCAAAUCUCAACUCUGAGAUUCUAAAAUAUCUUAAACAGGAGAGAAAAUCUAGUUCUGUCCCAGCCUUGAUCAGCAGCAGGGCAUCUGCCCCUCCCUCUCUGCGUCACAUAGCUCAACAAGGCUCCUAGGCUGGCUCCUAGUGCACUGAGAGGAGCCAUCCCAUCAAGGACGUCUUCUGCGCAAAACAUCUCUCUCCCUCUGGACUUCAGAUGCCUCUUUUAGCAGGAAGAAGCAUUGCUUGGAUUGGAUAUAUUUAUGUGACUGCGACAUUCAUGGCUGUAGAGUCCUUGACCAUAAUGUUAUAUGUAAUGGGAAUUAUAAACUUGAAAAAUAAAAUUUUAAUUUUC